UCCAGCUCUCUCGUCGUGCUUGAUACGUUGAUGCACGCGUCAUCCGUAUACCAAAGUGGCACAGUAUCCGGAUGCAGCCCGACUUGGCGAUCAUGGCGGCGGACGACCUCAGCGUCGCGGGGCUGCGCAACCUCGGCAACACGUGCUACUUCAACGCAGUGCUGCAGGCGCUCGCAUCCUCCAAGCGCUUCGUCGCCCACCUCGAUGAGAUCUGCCCCAUGCCCGGCGACGACGACGAGGCGGCGACGACCGGCGACGACCGCUGCCUCGCCUUCACGUCCGUGCUCCAGCACUACCUCCACGAGCUCUCGCCACGCCCACGGUCCAGCAUCGGCGGCGCCGUCGAGCCUCAUCUUUUGAACGCGCAGCUCGGCAAGAGCAUCCAGGGCUUCCGCGGCAACCGACAACAGGACGCAGAGGAGUGGUUCCAGCUCAUCAUGGAGCUCUGCGAAGACGAGUACAAGAAGACACAGCCCAAAGGCUCGCUUUUCGACCUCAUCGGACGUGCGCCAGCCGAGAGCCGCAACCCGUUCUACGGCCUGAGCGGCACACUCCUCGAGUGCACGCGCUGCCACAUGCGCAAGCCCAUGUGGACAGAUCGGUUCCUCGACCUGAAGCUUUCGCUGUGUGCGAGCAUGGACGGCCGCCAUGUCUUCAACCACCUCCGCGAGUCGUGGCGCCACCACACGAGCAUGGAACGCAUCGACGGCGUCGAGUGCACCAAUUGCACGCUGCGUGCGCUCCUAUCUGUCGUGGAGGAACAGCGGGACGCACUCGCGACCGGCGAUCCCAUGGAGUUUGUCGAUGUGCCCUCGCUCUGGGAAGGCGGCGACGCCCGCAGUCUCCUCCGCGCAGACGUGCUCGAGUGGCGACAGAACCUUCUCGAUAUCCUCGGGACGCGCCUUGCGUCGACCAAUGGCGUGUGCGACCUCGACAUGGACGGCUCGGGCUGGACGGAAAACGAAGGUCUCUGGCUCGACAAGAACGGCAUUGAGGACCCUCGCGCAUGCCGACGAACGUACGCGCCUUUUCUGCGCCACGUCCGGCUCAUGCGGUGCCCAGACGUGCUCGCCUUCCACAUCAACCGCAACGUGUUUCUGCAAGACGCCAUGGUCAAGCUCGACUCGUACCUCCGUUUUGAGUCGACAUUAUUGGCGCAAGAUUUGCUUCUCGACGACGACACCAAAGAGCACACCUACGAUCAACUUAUCUACGAUGCGAUCGCGGUCAUUGUGCACCACGGGAACGAACGGGGCGGCCACUACACGUGCUAUCGUCGGCUGGCGCCCGGUCGGUGGGUUCACGUCUCGGACGACCGCGUCCUUGAGGUGCCGACGACCGAAGUGGCCCGCGCCAAAGCCUACAUGCUCUUUUACGAGCGCCGAUAGAAACCCUUUGUUUAAACACACAGAAAACGAACACCGACAGCAGC